AUGGAUUCAGUUAUGCUGAAUAUUCGUCGUUUAGGCCAUAACCCCCGUUACGCGGUGGCGUAUGACAAUUAUGGGUGCACUUCUAUAGAAAUUGGGAGUCAGGAUGCCUCCGGACGGAGCUCCUCUUCGGGUAGCGUGACACAGUCUGAGGCCGUUUCUCAGAUUUCGGUGGAAGUGAUUCCACCCUACCCGGAGUCCGACGUUCCCAAGGAAUCUGCAGGCCACCCUAAAGUAUCGGGGGUUUCGCCGAAGGUUCUGGGUGAGGCCGCUACUGAGGAGAAAUCCUCUGUGAUCAAGACUGUGCGGGAAACCACCUACAGUGCCCCCGACGGCGGAUUUCGCCCAUGGGCAUCCAUUUUUGCGUGCUUUUGGCUGCUGUUCUUUACCUCCGGAAUGGGAAAAAGCUUCGGCGAGAUAAAGUCGGCCAUCACGGCGGAAAUGAAAUGUAGCCAAAGUAUACUCAUGAUAAUACCGGGCAUCUUCUCGGCCACGACCCUCUUCUGGGCUCCUGCUGCGGCAGCUUUGAUCAGAUGUUUUGGCCCGCGUCUCAUGCUGUCUGCUGGAAGCUUACUAUGCUUUCUUGGCUUUACCAUUGCCGGAAGCGCAGACUCGGGUGCGUAUUUGGUGGUGUGCUUAGGGCUGAUCGUCGGACCGGGGUUUUCUUUAGUAGCCAACUACACAGUCUACAUCAUAGGGAAACUCUUUAAGGAGUGGAAGCCUCUUGCUCUAGGCAUUGCCCUCUGUGGUGGGUGUUUAGGGCAUGAGCUCCUGCCCAGGAUUUUCGGGCUAGCUAUACAAGUGUUUGGCCCAAGAGGAGUUUUCACAUUCCUGGCGGUCGGGUCUGCCGUCUGGAUCCUAAUUUUCCUUUUUGUCGUGGGGGAUCUUGAACGCCAGCUGGUGUGCACGGUGACUUCAAUUCCUGCUCCUGCAGAAUUACAAGUCCCUGCCCCGGAGGCCCAGGGCUCUUCCCACAAGAGGAGGUUAAUUCGGAUCUCAGACGAGUUGGACCUGAAGCUCCUGGCAAACUACAGGUUUUGGCUGAUUUCUGUCUCUACCUUCUUUUUCGGUUUGGGCAGCUCGGCGAUCGGAACUGCGAUGUCGAUUUACACUGUGUACGACGGGUUCGACUACGGUAAGAUUUUGUUUCGUGUGAAGUGUGGUAACUAG